UCCUCCAGUCUAGAAGGACCUGGUUCAGUCUCCUCCAUCCUCCAGUCUAGAAGGACCUGGUUCAGUCUCAUCCUCCUGUCUACAGAAGGACCCGGUCCAGUCUCCUGUCUCCAGAAGGACCCGGUCCAGUCUCCUGAUGAUGACCGGUCGGGACCAGCUGAGUGAAGAGAAACCCAAAGUCCGGAUGUUGUCUCCGGGGUUCGGGAUUGAUAAAUCCCGGCUGCAUGGCUCCGGGUUCCGGUCCAAAGGCUUUGCCAUCACCGACCUGCUGGGUCUGGAGUCAGACCUGCAGGCCCGGCAGCCGGCCGGCCUGGCCCCGGGUUCGGGUCCGGGUUCGGGUCUGUCCUCCUCCGUACCCGGGAUGGAGCCUCCCGGACCUCCCGGUUCCGGUCUGGGCGGGUUCUCGUUCCCGGGCGGGUCUCUGCCGCUGGGUCUCGGGUUCUUGUGCAGCCUGGCGGCCCAGCAGCCCGGAGGGGGUCCCUGCUUCCUGCCGGGUCACCUGCCUCUACUGCAGACCCGGACCGAGAGCCACUAUCUGCAGAACCUGCAGAACCUGGAGGCCCAGAGGGACAACUACUCCGAUGAAGAGUGUCUCUCUGACCGCAACGACUCCAAAAGCUCCAACAAUUCUCAGAAGAGGAAGAAGAGGAGACACAGGACGGUGUUCACGUCCCACCAGCUGGAGGAGCUGGAGAAAGCUUUCCAUGAGGCUCACUACCCAGACGUCUACGCCCGAGAGAUGCUCGCCAUGAAGACGGAGCUGCCUGAGGACAGAAUACAGGUGUGGUUCCAGAACCGGCGUGCCAAGUGGCGAAAGCGUGAGAAGUGUUGGGGUCGCAGCAGCGUCAUGGCGGAGUACGGCCUGUACGGCGCGAUGGUGCGACACUCCAUCCCGCUGCCAGAGUCCAUCCUCAACUCCGCCAAGAACGGCAUGAUGGGAUCCUGCGCCCCCUGGCUGCUCGGUGAGCCGCAUACACGAAUGCACAAGAAGUCUCUAGAAAUAUCCAAAAAGUGUUCCAGCCCUCGGGAGUCGGACUCGACCCGAUCCGACUCGUUCUGCGACGCCUCGGAACGACGGAUUGGAGGCGGCGGCAGCGGCGAGGCUCGGGAGGUGCAGCACGAGGCUCGGGAGGAGGAGGAGGAGGAGCUGCUGGAGAUGGAGGAUAUGGAGGAGGAGGUGGCCAUCGACCUGUCCAGCUCAUCCAAACAGCAGCAGCAGGAGGAGGCCGGGGUAAAGUCCGCCUCCUCGCCAAGGCGGCAGAGCGUUGGCGAAUCGGACGAACGCAGCUGAAGGUCGGAUGAGUGAAACGCGGUGACUGUCUGACGAUGGCAGCGGGAGCACAGAGAUCUGAUUGGGUCUUCUUUCAGGGAACAGCCAAUCGGAGAACAACCAUUCUGUUGUUUAUGUUUUCACAAAAAGGAGAAAUAAAAAUAUAUUUUAUAUAAAUUAAAUGCUACUCUGGGUUAGCACGCUAAAAAAUGAGCUUUUAGGUAAUAUUAUAUUAUACUAACAAACAUUUACUGCUUAUUUAAAAUGUAAUAUUAGAGAGCUGUAAUUUUAGCAUCCCAACAAUGAAGCAAACAUCAGUGUGCUAAAAGACAGCGACCUCUCUGUGCUCCCUGGAUGAAAACAUGCAAACGUAAAGUCGCCGCUAGCGCCGCUAGCGCCGCUACCGCCGCCAUAGUCAGACGGACUUUGAGGAAUCAGACUGAGAGUCGAGUCUUUUCUAAAAGACCUAUGAACUGUUGGAGGAGGAUGUAAAUGUCUCUGUCUGUGUGUUUGUCAUCAUCGUAUUGUACUGAGAGUAUGUUUUAUAUCCGUGAUCUUUUGGGAAAUAAGAGGCUAUUUAAUGUUUUAUUCCUGUUGUGUUUUAUAGUUUGACUGUCUGUCAAGCACUGAAGCUCUGUGAAUGAAUGUAAUUUAAAUGUAAUAUUUAAAAAGGUUAUUAUUACUAUUAUUAUUAUUAUUAUUAUUGUUAUUAAUAUCAUGUAUGUACAGCAGCAGA